AUGUCGGAAGAAACGAUUAUGUCUAUGAAUGAUUGGGUAGUUAAAAUUGAACCACCAGAAUAUUCACCAGAAGACAUUAAACUCGAAAUGGAGGAUGAAUUUGAUGAUCCUGAUGUUGCUGUUAAAUCUGAAUCGUGUUCUGAAGAUAAUGAUACGUGUUUAGAAAGAUUCAUGAAUUCCGAGGUUACAAUUGAAGAAGAAGUCAAACAGGAGUUAGUCGAGACAUCAACUUAUGAAUGUCACAUUUGCAAUAGAACAUUUACAGAAACAAAUCAUCUAAAAGAGCAUAUGAUCGAACAUAUGCCUAAUAAUAGCAAAGAAAGUCCUUUCAAAUGCGAAAUCUGUUACAAGACUUUCAAUCAAUUACGUAAUGUGAAAAAGCACAUGCUCAUUCACAGUGAAAGAGGUAACCUGAAACGUCACAUGCUGAUGCAUAGUGGAGUAUGUCCUUAUGAAUGCAAUAUAUGCAAAAAAACAUUCAGGCAAUCUGGCAAUCUGAAAAGUCACAUGCUGGUGCAUAGUGGUUCAAAUAAUCUGAGGCAUCACAUGCUGAUCCAUAGUGAAGUACGUACUCAUGAAUGCAAUAUAUGCAAUAAUACAUUCACACUUUUAAGUGAUCUAAAAUCUCACAUGCUCAUUCACAGUGGUGAGCGCCCUUAUGAAUGUAUUAUAUGCAACAAGACAUUCAAGCAAUCAAGUAAUCUGAAAAGUCACAUGCUGAUACACAGUGGUGAGCGUCCCCAUGAAUGCCAUAAAUGCAAAAAGACAUUCACAGAAAGAGGUAAUCUUAAAUGUCACAUGCUGACACACAGCGGAGUACGUCCUCAUGAAUGCAAUAUAUGCAAUAAGAAAUUUACACAAUCUAGUAAUAUGAAAAAACACAUGCUGAUUCAUAAACGAGAGCAUCUUGAUAAAUAA